AUGGAGAAUCUGCGGGCACGAUUGAGGGCGCUGCACGCAUUCGUGCCCGUCUACACUCCGUGGGUGAACGGCACUGUCGAGCGCCUCAACCGAGAAGCGCUCCAGGUGGUGAGAGCGCUGCUGUUGGAAUACCAGCUCGACACCAAGAGCUGGGAGCAUUUGGUGCCUCUCGUGCAGGCCAAUCUGAACCAAACGCCCGUGAACUCGCUUGGUGGCAAUGCACCCCUAGAGCUCUUCACAGGCCUCCAAGUGCCGACGCAGCUGGACACGGAGAAGACCCGAAUGUAUCAGAAAAUGGCUAAGGAGGGGAAACUCGAGAACUUCAGCGUUGGAGACUAUGUACUUUGGUCUCGUGUCGACGAGCGUCUACGCGGCAACAAAUUGAUGGUACGCUGGGGGGGGGCUUACCGCGUGACAGAAGCUCGCGAAUACUCGUUCAUGGUGGAGAUCUCCUUACUGGUGACACCUUUGAGGUUCAUGGUUCCAGGCUCAAGUACUACGACGACGCAAGCAUGA